AUGGAAGAGGGAAAUCACUCGGUGGUGACUGAGUUCAUUCUCUCAGGACUGACAGAUCAUCCAGAGCUCCAGGUCCCCCUCUUUGUGUUCUUCCUACUGAUUUAUGUUACUACUCUGAUCUGUAAUGGGGGGAUGAUCUUGUUAAUCACAAUUGACCCACAACUGCACACCCCCAUGUACAUUUUCCUCAGGACUUUGUCUUUUUCUGAUUUCUGCUGUUCCACAGUAAUCGCCCCUAAGAUGCUGCAGAUUUUCUUAGCUGAGAGGAAAAGCAUUUCGUACACUGCCUGUGCUGUGCAAAUGUAUUUUUUUCUCGUUUGUGUAGAUAUUGAGUGUCUCUUGCUGGCUGUGAUGGCGUACGACCGUUAUGUGGCCAUCUGUAACCCACUGCUCUAUAGUGUCACCAUGUCCAGGCAGCGGUGUAACUUGCUGAUGGCUGGGGUGUUUGCUGUGGGGUUGGUGGAUGCGUUGAUACUCACAUGUUGUACAUUUCGGCUGUCAUUCUGCCGCUCCAACAUCAUCAGUCAUUUCUUCUGUUGCAUCUCCUCAUUGUUGCCACUCUCCUGCUCUGACACCCGCAUCAAUGAGAUUGUGAUGUUUGCUUCUACAUGCUACACUGUGGUGAUCACGACUGUGAUUAUCCUUCUCUCCUAUGUCUGUAUCAUCUCCGCCAUUCUGCAGAUCAACUCUUCCGAGGGCCGGCGAAAAUCCUUCUUCACCUGCACCUCUCAUUUGACUGCAGUGGGCAUGUUUCAUGGCACCCUUAUUAUUAUGUCUUUCCAGCCCAGCUCCAACUAUUCCAUGGACUCUGACAAAAUAACCUCCGUGUUCUACACGCUGGUAAUUCCUAUGUUGAACCCCCUCAUCUACAGUCUGAGGAACAGGCAGGUGAAGGGUGCUGUAAGGAAAACAAUGAAUAAACUCCUAAAGAAUUCCUGA